AUGGCAACUCAAACUCAAGUUUUAAAACGUGCUGCCGUUCAACCAGCACGUCUUCAUGAUUAUCUUUAUGAUCCUACAUGUACAUUAUCAGAUGCUCGUGAUCAUGCUCGAGAAACAUUUGCAGCAAAAACAACUACAGAACAAUUGCAAGCUGUACCUGUCUAUGAACAUCUAUUCAGUGAUUUACGUCAAUAUCCACGUUUUGCUUAUCGAAUUCAAUCUCGAGAUUCUGUUCCAGCACAUAUCAAUCGACAAUGGUUAGGACAAGCAAAUGCUCAUCGUGAACAAAUUGCUCUAUCUCGACUUUUUACGGGUAAUGAAGCAUUUGUUGUUCCACCACGAACAUAUGAACAUGUUGAUGUCGGAGGUCGUGAACGAGCAAAAUUUUUUCGUAAACCACUUGUACCUUUUAUGGAAAAUAUUCAACCACUUGUUGUACUUGAUACUGGUCGAUCGACAACAGGUGUUUUUGGAGAACCAACAAUAAAAUCUAUUCCAGGACAUUUGGUUGGUUCGACAAAAACAGUUAUACCUUCAGGACAACCAACAACAAAAACACAAGCUAUUCAAACUGAUUAUAUGGAACGUGAAGCUCAAACAGAUCCUUAUACACCUGAAUAUGUUGUUAAACCAGGUGAACAACCUGAAGUAUUAACAUUAGCUACUCUUAUGUAUAAGAAAGGUCUUCCGGCUGGUCUUGCAGAAGUAGAAAUGAUUGAACGUGCACGUGCUAAACGUCAAUGGGAAGCAAGUUUACCACCACUUGAUGAUCCUCAACAAUGGGAUAAACGAUUUAAAAUGAUGAGUGAUAUGGAAAGACAUGAAUGGCUUUUAAGAGAAAAUGAAAUUGAAAAAUUACAAAAUCUUCGUAUAGAAUUAUUAGAAAAAAUUUUGAAAGAUAAUGAAACUCGUCAAUAUGAUACAUCUAUUGAACGUAUUAAUCGACAAUGGAGUAAAAAACAAAUUGAACGUGAAGAUUUUGUUAAAACAAAUCGACUUCAUUAUUUACGAGCUAUUCGAGCUCUACUUCGAAAACGAUCACAAAUUGAAACAAAAUAUGUUAAAAAUGAUAUUAUUCGUGCUUAUACAAAAUAUGAAUCAACAGCUUAUGGUCCAUUAACACGAAAUGGUUAUUUUCCAGAUAAACUUACCGAUAAAUAUUUAGUUAAAAGUCGAUUUUUGGAUACAUAUACGGGUUUACUUGAACUUGAAUCAACAUUACCAUCAAAUGCAUUAAAAAUUCGACUUCCAGCACCGAAAAGAAUUAGUUCAACUAAAGAUGGACAUCUUAAACGACAAUUUCGACGCGAAAGAGAUUUGAAUAAUAUUUUUAAGGAUAUUGCUGAUGAAAAAGAGAAAAAGGUUGAAGAACCGAAGCCACUUCGAUUUUUGGUUAAAGUCGAAAAACCAGUACCAAGACCACCAACACCUGGUGUUGAUAUACCUAAUCUGGAGGAUGAAGAACGUGAGAAAAGUAUUAUUUAUCUUCAAAAACUUCUUCGUGGUCGUGCUAUACAAAAUAUGAUGUACAAAAAUAAAGAAGAACGUAUUGAAUUAAUUGAUGAAAUGCGUAGUACACAUGCAUUACAAGAACAAGAUAUAAAUAGAAAAAAACUUCAACGACAAGAUGUUCAAGUUGCACAACAUGUUCAAAGAAAAGAUACUACACGAGAAGAUUUGAUUGAUUCAAUUCUUCAAACACUUGAAGGCGAAGCUGUUAGUGAUAUGUUUGAUUAUUUAUCAAAAGAAUUAAUACGUCUUCAAGAAGAACGUCGUAUUGCUGCAUUUGCUAUGUUAGCUGAACGUCAACGACGUUUACGUGAAGCUGAAGAAUCAGGUUUAAGACAAGUCGAAGAACGACGACGACGUGAACAAGAUGAACUUUUUAAACAAAUGCUAAAAAUGACACAAACUACAGUUGAUACAUAUUUAGAAGAUGUUAUUCUUGCAAGUACUUUUGAAACAGCUACUGAACAAGCUCGUAUUGAAAUUCAACAACAAGCUACAGCAAUCGAUGAUAUUGCGCAUGAAAUGGAAUCAAAACGAACUCAACUUGAAUCGGAAGGUAUUGUAGCUGAAUUAGUUCAUAGUUUUCUUAUACCAGAAGUUGCUAAACAAGAAAGUCGUAAUAAAGUUCGUCUUGCUCAACAUAAACAUCUAUUAGCUGCUCACCGAGUUAUCAAAGAAAGUUGUGCUGAAAAUCUCAAUGAUUCUAUGGAUGCUGAUAGACAACAAUCAAGAGAAACAGAACCAACCAAUGAAUAUUAUCGAACAACACAAGACGAAGGUGAAAACGAACAAGAAGAAGAAGAAAAAGAAGAACAAAAUCGUGGAGGAGAAGAAGAUGAAAAUCGUGGAGACGAACAAGAAAAUCGUGAAUUUGAAGAAGAAAAUCGUAGAGAAGAAGAUGAAAAUCGUGGAGAAGAAGAUGAAAACCGUGAAGAAGAAGAUGAAAACCGCGGAGAAGAAGAUGAAAAUCGUGGAGAAGAAAAUGAAAAUCGUGAAGAAGAAGAUGAAAACCGCGGAGAAGAAGAUGAAAGUCGUGGAGAGGAAAAUGAAAAUCGUGAAGAAGAAGAUGAAAAUCGAGAAUCUGAACAUGAAGAUGAAGAACCUAUUCAUAGUGAAAUCAAUGAUGAAGAUCGAGAACAAUAG